AAUUAACCGAAAACAAAACGACUGGGUUUGAGCCUCAUAGUCAUCACAUCAUAAGACAUAGGCAACUGGGUGGGGUGAGGGGUAGAAAAAAGUAAAGUGAAAAAAGUCCGAAAAUCUCUAAACUAGUAGUGGCCGUCGAAGUCUCUCCGUUCUCUGACGUCUUUUGGGUCAAACUUCGCUGUAGAACGGAUGGAGCCGCCUGAAGAUGACAAGUCUAAUUUCGCCAAAGAGCUUUACGGAGAAGGUUUGCAGCUUUCGAAACCUGGUAAUGAUGAUCACAAUCUUGAGGGUUUAGACGGAUCCUUCUUUGGAAGUUCAGAUGAUGAACCAAGUGAAGCUUACUCAAUGAACAAGGAGACGGAGAAGAUACGUGACAAAUUUCACACGGUUGGAUACCGUGAUGGGAUUAGUGCUGGGCAAGAAGCUGCUGCGCAGGAAGGUUAUAACGUUGGAUACAGGGAAUCAGUUCUUGCUGGCUACAAGUUUGGUAUUGUUAGAGGUGUUUCCAGUGCGAUAGCUUUCCUCCCAGAUGAGCUCAGAGAAAAGCUGAUCGAUGAACAAGAAACUAAAUACAAGUUUCGUAAAUUACACGAUUCUGUGCAUGCUCUCUCAACUGAAGCCGCAAUGAAAGUGUUUUAUGGCACUCUGACUACAAAGCAGGUGGAAGACAAGAGUGAAGAAGAAGGGUCUGACUCUAGUCUUGCUUCUGUUACUUCCACAACUGACUUAACAAGCUAUGUAAGUGAGCUAAGCUCUCUUCUUGACAAAUCUCCUAAGAUUGAAGUUAGAUUGGACACAUAGACCAAGAGAAGCAUGGAGAAGAAGGCUUGACUUUUUGGUCCUGGUUCUGGUGCUGCAACCGACUUGGGGGAGCUAUGUUGCAAGAUGGUGAGCAUAUAACUUCUUUGGUAGUUUGGAUCGUCCCAAUAUUUAAUGAACACGAGUAUACCACUAAACAAUAAUAUUAUCCUUUUAUGCAUAGUAUUCUUUCGGAAGAAACACUUCUUUUUUUUUCUGUCAUCAUCGGAAGAAACACUUUCCCGGAAGAAAGAUUGUAUUGCUAUUGUGAAAUCUUUACCAACAACUGAUCAUGUCGUUUUGAAAAUCAAAUAGGUG